AUGACUGAUGACAUAAAUGCAGAAAGAGUACCAUUAUUAGAAACACAGGAAGAUCAAAAUCCCGUUGAUUACAAAGAACAAUGUUGUUGUUGUUUAUUUUCAAUAACCAUGAUAGUAUUUUUAAUUAUAGCAAUAUUUUUAAAUAGUAGUCUUGCAUAUUCGAAUUUAUCAACUGACGUAUCAAAGAUUCCUUAUGAUUAUAGAUUAAGAUAUAAAACCUUUUUGGCUUAUGAUUUAGUUAUUGAAGGUUAUCCAACUGAAUUUAAGAGUGAUGAUUCUACCAAUGACAACAAAAUGAAUUACGGUUCUAAUCAACCAGAACUCGUAAAAUAUGCCGAAAUAAUAGUUCCUUAUUGGACUUAUGGAAAUUUUAAUGUUAUAGAAUUUAGAUAUUAUCCAAACGGUUCUAUAAUUCCUGUUUUAACUGUGAACUCUAGGAUCGAUGGUUAUCUUACAAAUGAAAUAGACAUUGUAUUUACUGCGUCUGAUAAUAAUUCUACUUUAGGAUUAGAAGCUUGUCAAUAUCGAAUUUCUUGGACUUGGUUGUUUAAUGGUUAUAUUUGGAGACAAUGCAAAAAAGAUGAUGAUGAUUCAGAUUUCAAAAAAAUUGCUUAUUUUAAAGGACAUGCUGCUUGGGGAUUGACUUUUUUAUCCGUGGAUGAGAAGAUAAAAUAUGGUUAUAGUAGUGCUUCAUUAUUUUUUUGGAAUUUGUAUGCAAGGGACAUAUUCAUUGAUCCGACUGCUCCUUUUCCUCCAAUCAUACCUGCUCUGUAUACUGCCUAUUACAAUUAUUUGGAACGUCUCAGGCAAAGAAAUAGUAAUAAGCCCAAAGAUCCUAAAUAA